AUGCGCUCUCACCACACUCACAGUGGUGAUUAUGUAUCCCAUGCUUCAGAUACUUUGGAAACUGUCUGUCAAAGAGCCAUUGACAUGGGGUUCCAAAGUUUUUGUUUAACUGAACACCAACCUAGAUUAAAAGAUGAUUUCCUAUAUCCAGAAGAAAAAUCCAAAAGUUAUAAUGCUGCCAAUCUUUCCGAAAUUUUUGCAAAUUAUUAUAAACAUGCUAGAAUUAUCCAGCAGCGCAAUCUUGCCGAUCCAAAAGUCAAAACCAAAUUCCUUGUGGGAUUCGAAGUUGAAGCAAUUGAUGGACCACAUAUUGACCUAGCUGUUGAUUUGCUUCAAGAAUACCAAUUUGAUAUGUGUGUUGGAUCAGUUCAUUUUAUAAAAUCCAUCCCUAUUGAUUUUGAUAAGGAGUUAUGGGAGGCUGCCAGAGCUGCUUGUGGGGGAGCAUAUGAAUUGUUCAGCGAAUACUUUGAGAUACAGUAUUUAAUGUUACAAAAGAUCAAGCCAGCCGUUGUUGGACAUUUUGAUUUGAUCUAUUUGAUGUGUGACGAGUCUGUCGUCGAUAAACGAACAGGGAAAAAGGUUAAGACAGAAAUAAAUAUCCAGAAAGAUUGGCCACAGAUCUGGGAGAAAGUUAUUAGAAAUGUCAAGUUUAUCAAGUCUUACGGUGGACUUUUUGAAUUAAACAGUGCAAGCUUACGUAAAGGAUGGGCCACUCCAUAUCCUGGUGUGGAGAUUGCCAAAGCCAUUUGUGAAUAUGGGGACGCAAGAUUUUGUUUUAGUGAUGAUUGUCAUUCUAUUGCUCAGGUUGGUCUCAACUAUCACAGAGUUUUGAAGUAUGCGGACGAAAUUUUGAACUUGGAGGAGAUUUAUUUCAUCGAUUUGGAUGAGAAGAAUAAACCUAUUAUUGAAAAAGAAUUGUUGUCUACAAUUAAAAAGAAUGAUUUUUGGAAGCAAUAUGAAGCACUCGAGAAAUAA